UUUUAGUUCCACGGAAGCAAUUAUGUCUCCUUGUAGUAUUUGUUUACACUCGUACUGAAGUGAUGAUAUACGCAAUAGUGGAAAUAUGCCCAUAUAUCGUUUCACAGUUUCUGGAUUAGUGUUAUUAUUUGCUCAAAUCCUUAUCGUAGAAACACGAAUAAAACUUUUUCUGAAUGGAACAGAAGUAGACGAAGAAGCUAUCGAUUUUACAUUGAAUUCUGGAGAUAAUUUGACACUAGUCUGUGAAGGAAAUUAUCCUGUUGUGUGGAAAACUCCCGAAAUAAUACCCCAAAAAUAUGGAAAAUAUACAAAAAUUUAUAAGUCAGCCUUGAAUUUGACUCAGGAAAAUGAGUUAAAAUAUUUCUCACAACUUUAUGUUGUGAAUUUGACGUUUCCUUAUGUGGGAUUUUAUAGCUGUUCUGAAGAAGACAACGCAACAAGCUCAAAAGAGAUAUACUUGUACAUUCAUGAUGAUAGUCAUUUGGCUGUAGUAGAAACUGAGGCUGACCACGAGAUCAUAUAUGCUGUGAAGUACGCCAGAACUGUAAUCCCUUGCAGGCCCACAUCCCUGGAUGUCGAUGUUAGCCUGAGAACACCAGGCGGCAAAUUGGUAGAACUGAACACCACAGAAGACAGUGAAUAUGCUUUCGAUUAUGAUCCUCAUGAAGGUUUUUUCACUGCUGCAAAUUCUGAGGAUAAUACCUUCCUCUAUUGUUACUUCACAAGGAAUGAUUCUGAAUAUGAGUAUUGGUUCAAGUUGGACGUAGAAAUUGCCACAUCAUAUCUUGCAGAGCCGUUCAUAAGCACCAACAAGACACAUUUUGUUGUUGGAGAUACAAUCAUUCUGGAAUGUUCAGUAAAGAGCAAUGUUCAAACAGAUAUUCAAUGGAGUCUUCCUAGUGACCAUCGACAAAACAUCACGAUAAUCGACUCUGUCGUCAACGAUCAAGAGAGAAUGGUGAAAUCAAAAUUGAAAAUUAACAAUAUAACUGCUGAAUAUGGAGGACAAUAUAGGUGUUCCGCUGAGGACAAACAAAACCAUUCUAGUCAAUCGGAUAUAGCACUCUUUGUACAUGAUCCCAAAGAUCACUUCAUAGUAUUCCUUGGAGAGGAUAGUUCCAGUUAUUCGGAUUGUACCAUUGGAUCAACUGUUAUUUGGAACGAAUACUUCGAAGCCUAUCCAAGAAGUGAAGCUGCUUGGUUAGAUAACAAAGGAAACAUGAUAAGAAGACGUCAUAGCGAAAAAUAUGACACGAUAAUAACUGAGUCUCAUGCUAGUCUCCAAAUAACUAAUAUAACUUACAGAGAGCAUGGGCAUUAUACACUAAUAGUCAGUAACGGCAGAGAAAACAAGACGCGAAGUAAAUUUUUAGAUGUUACCGGAAAACCAUUGGUCAAGCUCGAGUUGAACGAAUUCCAGUUACCUAAUAGUCAUAGCGAAAUCAUUUGUGAAGUUAUUUCUAACCCUAAGGGUGAAGCCUCAGUUGAAUACAAACCAUGUAUAGAUGAUUCCUGUAAAUACGAAAAGCUGCAUCCAGAAAUUAAGAAAGAAGGACUUGUUCUCACAGAAAGAGUUCAAAUUAUUUUCAACAAAUCGUCAACUGUGAAAUGUUUUUCGAAAAAUAUAUUGGGCUCGCAUGAACAAGAAAAAAAGGUGUACAUAACAGAGAUACCAGGAGGUUUCGAUAUUAAAGUGAAUGAUACUGGGACGAUAUUCAAUAAAUCAAGUAAUAUAGCUCUAGCAGCCUUAGGGGAAUCUGUCAACUUAAUAUGUGGAGCAUUCAUCAAGAAUAAUAAUGAGCGCAUAGAAUGGCGAAAAGGUUCCCAGAAAAUAGUGGCAAAUAAAAAUUUCAGGUUGAAACAGCAUGAAUUCCCCUCAGGCAAAAAUUUAUUCCUCGAUAUAAACCGUGUAACUUUUGCGGAACAAGGAAGUUACUCAUGUCUCCUCAUAGAGAGAGAAACUAUCACUAAAAAAAUUGAAAUCAAACUUGCUGUAUCUCGAGCGGCCGCACCAAGUUUCAAGACGAAUUUGGACGGAUUUAUUUUGAAAAAUCUGGGUGAUUAUGUUCGUUUCGAUUGCCGAUAUAAAGGUCUGCCGAAACCCAUUAUUUCUUGGUUUAAGGACGAUGAAGAAAUAACAUCCUCUGGUAGCAAUUUUCAGAUCGAUACUGAUGAGAAUUCGUUAGUCCUCAAAAGUAUCAAGUUGAAGGACGAAGGUGAAUAUAGAUGUGAGGCGAAAAAUAGACUAGGGAAGCAGCAAAAAAAAUGGAAACUUGAAAUCAAAGACAAGCCAAGCAGCAGAAUAUAUUAUUGGUUGGCCAUCAUACUACUCAUGAUUCUAGUGAUAAUAACAAGUGUCAUAGUAUAUUACAAGGAUCACAGGAAGAAGAAAUUGGAGAAACUGUUGAAAGAAAUCGGCUUAGCGUAUUUUGAGCAAGGCCAAUUGGAAAACCUCAACCCUGACCUUGGCCUCGAGGACCAAGCAGAAUUACUACCCUAUGAUAGAAAAUGGGAAUUUCCACCAGAGAACUUGAAGAUAGGAAAACAGUUAGGGGCAGGCGCUUUUGGGGUUGUUAUGAAAGGGGAAGCGAAAGGGAUAAUACCAGGAGAAGAACGGACAACGGUUGCAGUUAAAAUGGUGAAAAAGGAUGCAGGUCAUACGUACAUCAAAGCUUUGGCAUCAGAACUCAAGAUAAUGGUUCAUUUGGGAAAUCAUCUCAAUGUUGUCAAUCUACUUGGGGCUUGUACGAAAAACGUCGCUAAAGGCCAAUUGUUCGUUAUAGUUGAGUACUGUAAAUUUGGUAACACCCAUAAUUAUUUAUACAGGCAUAGAAAUGAGUUCAUCGAUCAAGUGGAUCGUGAUACUGGGACAAUAGAUUUCAACAUAGGAAACGAAAGACUUGAAAGGUCGUAUUCUGUAGCGAGCAACAAAAGCUUUUUUCCAAUGAAAUAUGUCACCCAGCUAUCGGUAAAAAGCAAUAGUAGCGUGAAAUUUACUCCCGAGAAUGAUCUGGAUGUAGCUGCAGAGAACUGCAAAAUUGUUAACAUGUGCCCCAAAACUGAUGAAGGUGAAGACGAAAUACUACUCAGCAAUAAUAGUAGCGUGCAACCUGACUGGCGUACAAACUAUAAGGGAGAUUACAGAGGGUCAGUUAGACCAAUCUGCACCAAAGAUCUGCUGAUAUGGGCAUUCCAAGUGGCGAAAGGAAUGGAAUAUCUUGCAUCUCGAAAAGUUUUGCACGGUGAUUUGGCCGCCAGGAACAUACUUCUAGCCGAAGAUAAUGUCGUCAAGAUUUGCGAUUUUGGAUUGGCCAAAAGUAUGUACAAAAAUGAGAACUACAAGAAGAAUAGCGACUGUCCCCUUCCCAUCAAAUGGAUGGCCAUCGAAUCUAUAAGAGAUAGAAUAUUCUCGACACAAUCUGAUGUAUGGUCUUUUGGUAUCGUUUUGUGGGAAUUUUUUUCUCUCGCAAGAACUCCUUAUCCUGGUAUGGAAGCAGAUGAAAGGCUUUUCACGAAACUUGUUGAGGGUUAUCGAAUGGAAGCACCUGAAUAUGCCACAAAUGAAAUUUAUCAGAUGAUAUUAGAAUGUUGGUCCCAUAAUCCUCUAAGAAGGCCUUCUUUCGAAAAUCUUGCCGACAGAUUAGGAACAAUGAUUGGAAACCAGAUGCGACAGUAUUAUAUCGACCUCAAUGAUCCCUAUUUGAGGUGCAACGUGCUUAGAAGGGAGAGUGGCAUCGACGACUAUUUAGACAGGGUAAAUUCUCCAAAUUUCGAGAAUUUAUCGUCUCCCCAAAUUUACAUGAACCAACUGGACCAUUCCCCGGGUUACUUGAGCAUGAAAAGUCCAGGCAUCAACAGUCCCAGGCCAGAAAAUGCGACAGUUUUCAAUUUCGAGACAAGACCAAAGAAAAAAAUUUCCACUGGAUCUUCGAGAGAUAAUUAUCCAGACUAUGUCAUCAAUGAGGAAGAAAAUGAGAACAAUUCACAAGAAGUUGGAGUCGACAAUGUGACAGAUUGUCCUCACGGUUUGACAAAUCCUUCUUACAUGUAUCCGAAAGAAGACGAUCAAGAUUCAUUGAUGUGUCCAGAGCCACGACAAUCUUCAGAUAAAUACAUCCUGAUGUGUCAAACAAAACUCGUGGAUCCUUGUGUCCACAUCGAUGAGAAUAGCAAAGAAAUAUUGUACAUAAAUGAGUUUCCUUUAGUUUGAUAGUUUAAUAAUGAUAAGCCUAAUAAAAAAAUGUUAAAAA